ACUACAAUCACCAUCGCAUGGCUUACAAAAACAUUCUACUCAUUGUUAAAUACGCAAACACAACCAGACUGGGUAGCCCCACUCAUGUGUUUUUGUGGCAAGAAAACUUCCAAGCGUCAUGUUCACAUGUGUGGGAGUUUGCCAUCUAUCAUUGCGCCGUCACACUGUGAGUGCACUGCCAGACUCAGAAUGUAGUGGCAGUGCUGAACUCAGGAUGCCAAAGUAAUCUCAGAUUCCCACAACAAGGAAAACACAAACCAGCACACCGCCAAAUUGGAAAUGCAUUCACCAGAAUGAGCUCGGACAUCGUCAACGGAGAAUAGCUCCCGCAGCUGAGUUCAGCCCUGCCAGCCCUGCCAGCCCUACUCGCCAGCCACCUGUCCGCUCCCUCCACACGCAGACAAAUUCUGUGUGUACCAUACUCGCCACGAUGAAUACUGUACGGAAAAUAACCCUUUCUCUCAACAAUCAAAAAAGCAACUGCCGGAGCAAUCCAGACCAAAAAACCCCGACGACACCCCCUUCCAACGCGAACGCGAAUAGGGACAAAAAGAAUCAAACAAGCAUUCAUCCUCCCGCUUCCGCAAAUAGCAAAGAAAAGGGGAAUUCGGCAACAAAAGCAAAGACGCGUGAAAACAGCACCCAGCCAAACGGGGCAGUCAUGUAACUCUCGCUUUGUUUUCCAGCCUCCUGCACCAAAGCCCACGUGGGUAAGCGAAUGGACUAGGGUGAUCCUGUUCUCUUUUUCUUUUUUAUCAGCCAAUUCCUUGCCUCGCUUGCCCUGCCUUGCUGCAGGUGCAAAAGCGAUCGUCAAUGCAGGUUAGCGGGCUGGACGGUGGCGCAAAGCAAGUGCCGGUGUUCCGGCUGUUGGCAAACAAGGUAACCACACAACAAAACAAAUAAAAAAAACAUAGUUUGUAUAGCUGCAACAUUCAGAUUAAUAGUUGGGGUUUUUACUCUCUAAC